AUGGGCGAAGCUCCCGUCGAUGGAGUCGUCAUUGAUGGGAAGAGUUCGGCUGAUGAAAGUUUUAUUAUUAGCGAAUCAAUGCCGAUGGUCAAGAAACCAGGAAGCACAGUAGUCGGUGGAUAUAUCAACCACAAAAGAGUUUUGAUCAUUAAAGCGACGCACGUCGGAAACGAAUCGACACUCUCUCAAACUGUUCGUCUCGUCGAAAAAGCGCGGACAAAUCGUGCUCCAAUCCAACAGCUCGCCGAUAAAAUAGCCGGUUAUUUCGUUCCGUGUGUCAUUGGAUUGUCCUUUGUGAUACUCGGAGUAUGGAUUGCAGUCGAGUAUGUGCUGGAGAGAAAUGCGCAUUUGAUUGGACCACUCGGCUGCAACGAAGUUGAGUCACUGAUAAGAGCAGUAAAGAGAAGAGAUGUGAGCUCAAGAUGA